AAGAAGGUGCUUUUGGAUGACAAAGGCAUGGAGAGGACUUCAGCUGAGCUAGAGAACUACUCAUUAUCAAGGAACAAUCUCUCAAGGUUUAAGCCUUUCAAGCCUUCAGGCAGAACAGAGGUAGGAAAGGAGAUAGAGCCACACAACAUGGAGGGACCUAGAAGUGAAGCUCCAACAUCUGGUUUGGGGGAUUUGGUUAUUAAAGAGGCGGGUGGGAGUUCAUCGACUCCUCAACGAAGUGAUUCACGUACUGAGUUACGGUGGAAUGAACAGGCAAUUCGGGUUGCUCAAAUCAAAGUGUUCGAUGAGCGAUUAAAGAUUCUUGAAGAAGAAAAUAAUACUCUCAAAAGGACAUUCUUUGAGGCUGUGAAGGAUCGAAGACGGUUGGCAGAUGAGAUAUAUGAGCAGUUCUGGAUCGUAGAUCGCACUCUACAUGCUAGAGACCAGUUUCGUGGAACUUCCGCUCCUUCAGUUGUCAGCAAAUCCAAGGACUUGGAGAUCAGAAGAACUGGGACUGGCCUCUCCCUAGUUCUCUGCCAGUAUUCAAAUCCGCUUGUGUUGAGCAAAGAAUGUAGAACUACCAUACCGACCUGCCGAAGCAACACAUGA